CAAACUACACCACAGGAUCUUAUUAAAGGAUUGUUGUGUGAGUCAGUUCGCUCUCUAAAGACACACACUCCCUACACUCACCGAAGACGACUUGGACAGUGUCCCAUGAACACACAGCCGAUGUGUACUGACGAGGACGAGGGUGUGAAGUGUCCCUCAGGGUGUCGGCUGCAGGCUCUGAUUAACGAGGCAGACGGAGACGUCUAUCAGCGUCUCAUCAGCGUCUGUGAGAAGACUAAAUGUUACAGAUCUGCGUCGGCGUCUACAGUCAGUGAGACGAGUCAGUUCUACGAUAAACAGAGGAGGCGGAUCGUCAGGACAUACAUGGAGGAGCUGCGCUAUGCCGAGGUGGCUCAGACGCUCCACAGAAACCUCACGCUGUUGUGGAAGAAGACCUCCGAGCUCUCCAGAGGACUGCAGCAGAACCACAAACACAUCCAGGAUCAGAUCAAUGAAAUCCACAAGCUGGAGGUGGACAUUGACAUCAAACUCAGAGCGUGCAAAGGAUCGUGCAAGCAGACCUUUGACCAUGUGCCUGAUCAUGAGACGUCCAAAUCGAUGCAGGACGAAAUGACCGGAUUCGACUUUCAACUCACAAAACCAAAAAUAUUAACCUUGGACAAAAAACUCACACUGCAGCCCGUCGAUCGUCCUGAGGUUCCUCAGGCGUACAGGAGGUUACCCUUCAUUCACUCCAAGCUCCUCACCAAGUUUGAGGACAUUGAACAAAACCAGGUGGUGGUGGAUGAGAUCUGACUGGACAGGUGGACUUCUGAUGAGGAAUCAGAACCAUAAAUGUAUAAUUCACGUGUGUGUGUGUGUGUGUGUGUGUGUGUGUGUGUGUGGUACAGGGAGAGAAAGAGAGACUUUAGGUUGUGACUUGAAGAUUAUAUAUAGUUUGAAGGUAAAUGAAAUGUGUGUGUGUGUUUAGACCUCAGACUGCGCUACAGACUCGACUCUGACUCGACUCUGACUCGACUCUGAUUAAUGAGCGUAGAAUUCGAUUAUUUCAUUUGAACUUAACAUGAUUAAUGUGAUGAAGUAUAAAGAAAGCUGCAGUCGGAGCCACUUUCUCUCUCUACACAGGAAACUGAAAUCUUUCACUAAAGUUUCUAAACUCUGUUGAUAAACCCAUUUGUGAGUCAGCAUGGGAAACGUAAAACCCCAAGUGUCAUGUACUGUAUUUCAUAACAGAACUCAGCGUCAGGUUUACUGGACAUUUCACUCCUACACUUCACUGGAUUCAACGUGUUAAAACUGUAUUUCAUGUUAUUUAUUUACUUACGUUUUCUCAUUUCAUCAGAACAUUAGUUUAUUGUUUACAGAAUGUCAACGUAAACAUUCCGUCUGUUAUAAAUGUGUCAUGUGACCUUCCUGGACAUUUAUUCACUGUAUUUACAUUAAAACCUCUCAUGUACCCAGUGGUGACCUUAACGCUGUAGACACCUCGUGUUCAUGAUCUACAGCUUUAUCACCAGGUUAUGAACGUUCACACACUCGGUCUGUCGAAUCGAACAUCACUUUUCAACUUAGAAAGAAAAAAUAUAUAAUUGCAAUUGCAAGAUUGUAUUGCUUUACAGGAAUGAAAGUUUGGAACGUGGAGUAAAUGUUAAAUGAUUCUAAUUUUAAAAGUAAUUGUAGAUUUAUCAGUGUGUCUUUGCGGUGUGUGUGACGUGUUGAAACUCCUUACACAACCUAAACACAGGCUCACUGUAACAUGAAUAAACCACAGUACUGUACUUCACUUUGAUUAGUGUUUAAUUCAGUACUACUUUAUCUAAUGCUACUUUUUAAACUGUGUUUAAUACUUUUUCAAUUUACUCUCAGAAAAAAAACAAUUCAACAUGCAACUUCACCACAUUUAUU